AUCCACUACAACCGCAGCCGCAACCAAUAAACUUACGGGCAAACGCACAACUAUGACACCAUUGUUAUCAGAAUGGUCUGUUCGUGUAUAAGUGCGGCAGCGUUGGCGCCUUCAUAGUCGCCACCGACGUCGUCCACGUACCGGUGUAAACCUGGCUUCAAUGGAACUCGUUCCUAACGGACUCUCAACGUCCGCACCUCGCGUUUAUUCGCCGACGACGUGUUUCUCAAAACGGGAACCUCUUUCAUUCUUUUAAACAACUCCAAGUUUAGUUUUGAACUUGACGCAAUGUUAAAAUCGUCGUUUCGCCGGUUAAUUAAAGUUCUAAUUAAAUUAUCAGUCGAUUGAUUGCGUUCGUUGUUUUGGUGGUUCUUGUAUUUGCGCGAUUUCUUCAUUGAUUAACGUUUUUCUCGUCAACUUCUUUUAUUGUCGAUCUGGAGAGGUAAAUCUGUAAAUCACGCGGAGCUGACGCUUUCAACAGAAGACGGAAAAUAUAAAGCCCCCCCAAGAUUUAAUAAAUAACGUUCUUCGAAUGUCGAGAAAAAGGAAAAGACACUAUUAAAAUUUUAAAAUAAUUAAAGUGUGUUAAUUGUUAAAAUAAUGGGAGAUUCUGAAAGGAAUAAUUCGCCGAGUUCUGUUGACCAUAAGAACGGAAGGGAUGUUAAAUCUUUGGAACCGUCGGAAGUAGAUCCUUGCAUUGACGAAAAAAUACAAAGGAAUAAGUUUUUAAAUCGGGCGGAAGUCGCAAUACGUAGAAAAACUGGAUUAUCACAAGAAGGUGUGAAGUACGCGAUCGGUUUAGUGAUUUUAACAUUGGUUUUGUUCGUUAUUGUUAUUGCGUUGGCAAUCGCGUGGCCCUCCGUUCCCCAUCAUUUCGAAUAUCCAAUUUGUAGAGAUCCUGCGUGUCUUCGUGCGGCUUCCCAGCUUCAGCAAAGUUUGAACGCGUCUACAUCACCCUGCGAAGACGUAUGGACCUGGGCAUGCGGAAAUUGGUUGGCGACAAACAGUUUGCCCGGCGAAAAGGGCAUUUGGGACCAAAAAGAACAGUUGAACAAACGAGAAGACAUUGUUGUUCGUGAUUUAAUAACAACACUACCGUUGCCUUUACAACUUGGAACGUUAGAAUGGAAAUUGAUGCACUUCUAUGAAUCUUGCAUGGACGUAGAUACGAUCGAAAUCGAUAAGCAUCGACCGCUGGUUAGCAUGAUUAAUGAAUUGGGAGGAUGGAAAAUUUUAAAAAACUGGAACAUGGCGGAACACGACGGAAUGAGUUUAUUAAUAAAUUUGCAUGCCGAUUACGGUGUUAGUCCUUACUUUAAAAUUACGGUAGAUCCAAGUCCAAAUGUCCCAGGUUCAAGUUUAAUAAGAAUAUCACCUUCAGGGUUAGGUUUACCGGACAGAAGUUACUAUUAUAAUAGGAACAACAACGAUGCCAUGGAAAAGGCUUACACUCAAUUCAUCUCAGAUGUUGUUAUAAAUUUUGGGGCAACAAAAGAGGACGCCGACAGAUUUGGGAGGGAUUUAUUCUAUUAUGAGAAACGUAUAGCGGAAGUUACACCCGAAUCAUAUGAAUUACAAGAUCCUAUUUUAACGUACAAUAUAAGAACUAUUCAUGAAUUAACUCAAACUGUUCCAAUGCUUUAUAUUCAUGAUAUUUUAUCAAAAAUGUACCCUGAAGCAAAUAUAGACGAAUCAACAGAAGUAAUAAUAACCUCACCAAGAUACCUUGAAGAAGUUGCCGGAAUAAGUUCUUCAACGGAGAAAGGAAUGGCAAAUAGUUACUUUAUAUGGACUUUAGUACGAGAAUAUCUUCCAUACCUUAAUAAUAAAUUUGCUGCGAGUUGGAAUUCGUAUAACAAUGAAAUAUUUGGAGUCAAAAACGCUCCUGAUCGUUGGGAAUUUUGUGUUGGGUUGACUCGAAAAUACAUGGGAUUAGCCGUUGAAGUUCUUGUUGAGAAACAAAAUCCGAUUAAAAAUAAAACGAUAAGUAUCGUGCAUGGUGUUUAUGAAGAAUUAAGAGAAACGAUUAGUCAACGAUUAAAGAAAUUUGAGAAAACGCAAAAUUUAUUUCGUCAUUUAACAUUUAAAAUUAGAAAUUUAAGGUUGCAAAUUGGUUUACCUGAGAAUGUAACAAACGAUGAUUAUUUGAAGAAUUAUUACAGAAAAUUGAAUAUAAUUAAAAAAUCGUUUUUUAUAAACUGUAAAUCAGGGAUAAGGUUUCUUCAACGCAUCGAUGAACGCAGACUCAUAUCCGGGCAUCCUGAAGAUUAUGUUUUAAAUUAUUUAUUUUUAAAACCAGGCAGAGUUAGUUAUUCACCUUCUGUUAAUAAAAUUAUUAUUCCAAAGGUUUUAUUACAUGAUUUUUAUUAUGAGGAUAAUUUCCCUUGGCCAAUUAUUUUCGGUAGAUUAGGAGUAGAAAUAUCUCAAGCGAUAAUUUCCAACAUUUUACCUUACGAUAAUGUUUGGACAUCCGACUUAAAACUACUUACUCAAUUCCAUAUAACGGUAAACGAAUCAUUAAAUGCUAUUAAAAGUCCAAUGAGAUGUAUUGAAGAUUCUAUAAUUCUUGGGAAAAAGCUUAGCGAUAAAACAACAGCGAAUUUAACGUCCUUAAAUGUUAUUAAGACAAUUUCAGCUGUUCGAAUUGCCGAAGAAACUUUAAAUAUGAUUUCUAAAGGAAACUUGGAACAUGUUCAUCAACCGUCUUUUGAAACUUACGAAGACGCAGCUUUAUUUUAUUUAACAUAUUCUCAAAGUUUAUGUGCGUUAACGGCGAAAGAAUAUCAAUUUUAUGAUGUUAUUGGAAAUAAUAGGUUUCCUAGAAAAUUGCUCCUUGAAGUUAUUUGGUCGCAAGUUGAUGGUUUUCAGCACGCUUUUGGUUGUCCUGUAGAUACAAGUGAGAAAUGUGAUGAUAUUUUUUAAGAAAAAAAGUUGCAACAUUUACAAAAUACAAUUUUUUUAUUGCAAAAAUAUU